AUGGCCGACGCAGUCCGUGACGGGCAGACGGCCCUGGCGCUCCGGCUCGCCAAGCACCUCGCGGAGGACGGCUUCGCCGGCAAGAGCAAGAACAUGGCGUUCGCGCCUCUGUCAAUCCACGCGGCGCUUGCGCUCGUUACCGCGGGGGCGCGCGGUGCCACGGAGGCCCAGCUGCUCAGCUUCCACGGCGCGCCGUCGGCGGCUGAUCUGGCCGCCUUCGGGCGGCGCGUGGCGGAUACCGUCCUCGCCGACCAGAUGGAGGACGAGAGCGCCCCCCGCGUGCUCUUCGGCGGCGGUGUCUGGGUCGACGCUUCCUGCGGCGGGCUCAAGAAAGCCUUCCGGGACGUAGCCACCAAGUCCUACAAAUCGCAGGCUCGCACCGUCAACUUUGCCGAUGAUCCGGAGGAAGCAGUGGAGAUCAUCAACGACUGGGUGAAAAAGGCCACGAACAACCUCAUCAACUCCCUCUUUUUUCCGAGCGACAUCAACGCUGACACCGCCCUCGUGGUCGCCACCGCGGUCUACUUCAAAGGCCUAUGGCGCAAUCCGUUCCACCGGGCCAACACGUCGCCUCGCCAGUUUCACCUUCUCGACGGCAGCUGCGUCAAGGCAAAGUUCAUGAGCAAGUCUUCUCAAUCCCAGUUUAUCUCUUGCUUGGAUGGUUUCAAGGUUCUCAAGCUUCCCUAUCUGGGCCCAUGGAAAACCAAGGCAGAUGCCGCCCACGCAGCUCCUCUCAAGAGUCGCGGCGGUCCAGGCGCCGCUGCAGCUGUCGACGCUGAUGACACUCAGUUCAGCAUGCUUUUCUUCCUCCCCGAUGAACAACUCGGCAUCGCGAACAUGGUGGACAUGAUCACUGCUGCGCCAAGCUACCUGCAGAGCAUCCUACCCAAGACGAUGGUGGAGAAUGUCCAGGUUACGCUGCCCAAGUUUGAGAUCUCCUUUGACUGGGACCUUGGAAAGGACCUCCAACGGCUGGGGCUCUCGCUGCCGUUCUCUCGCGACGUGGGUGACUUGCGAGGCAUGUUCCAGAAGCCUGACAUGCGGAGGCCCAUGUUCGUGACUAAGGCCAUGCAGAAGGUGAUCAUCAAGGUGGACGAGGCAGGGACCGAGGCCGCUUCGAUCAUGCGCGGGUUUUGUGGUGGUGGUCUGCCGCCGGACAUGGUUCCGUUUGUUGCCGACCACCCGUUCAGUUUCCUCAUCAUGGAGGAGCGGUCUGGAGUGAUCGUUUUCGCCGGCCAUGUCCUUGACCCUACCAAGUAA